CAAUCAUAUUGCUCUGUGGCGGAAGUGUGCCCUCAGUAGCGAUGGUGGGCAUGAGCGUCCUGCGGUCUGCUGCUGCUCUGGCAGCCAGACUGAAUCCUUUAAAACGCGGCUUUCCCGUUGGGACUUUACUCUCUGGGUCUGCACUACGGACGGAAAAGGCGGUGGUCCGUUAUGGGAGCCAUGGGAAAAGUAUGUUUGUUAUCAAACCUACUGACUACUACGACAGAAGAUUCCUGCGUCUCAUGAAAUAUUACGUUCUGUUGACGGGUAUACCUGUUGCGGUUUUUCUGACCUGUGUGAACGUGUUUAUUGGAGAAGCCGAGUUGGCUGAGAUUCCAGAGGGCUAUGAGCCUGAAUACUGGGAGUACUACAAGCAUCCCAUCACUAGGUGGAUCUCACGGAACUUGUUGGACGACCCGAAAAAAGACUACGAGAAGAUGAUGGCGCUGGUCCAUCUGGAGCAGGAGAAGGGGGAGAUGAGGUCAAUGCAUAAGGAGGUGAGAAGGCUGAUGCGCCAGAAAGGUGACGGGCCGUGGUAUCACUACGAGACGUUGGACAAGUCGCUGAUCGACAACAGCCAUAAGGCCGCUCCCGACGAAUGAACCCCUCGCCCGUGGCCCUGCCCCACCUGUACAAUGACAACAACUCCGUGUUGAUACUGCAAAUACUAUUUGUCUGAUUAUUUUUUCUGUCUCUGCAUCACUAAAGUGUGCAACAACUAUUUAA